AUGGCAGACACUUGCAUUCAGCGUCUCUCAAGGCAUGCAGCAGCACAACAGUCACUAAAUCCUAUGAACCAGCUGCAGCAGCAGCAGCAGCAGCAGCAGCAGCAGCAGCACAACAGCAGCAGCAGCAGCAGCAGCCACAGCAGCACAGCAGGCAACAGCAGCAGCAGCACAGCAGCCACAGCAGCAGCGCAGCAGCAGCAGCAGCAGCAGCAGCAGCAGCAGCAGCAGCAGCAGCAACAGCAGCAGCAGCAACAGCAGCACAGCAGCAGCAGCAGCCAGCAGAAGCAGCAGCAGCAGCAGCAGCAGCACAGCAGCACAGCAGCAGCAGCAGCAGCAGCAAGCAGCAGCAGCAGCAGCAGCAGCAGCAACGCAGCAGCAGCAAGCAGCAGCAGCAGCAGCAGCAGCAGCAGCAGCAGCAUGCAGCAGCAGCAGCACAAGCAGCAGCAGCAGCAGACAGCAGCAACAGCACAGCAGCCACGCACAGCAGCAGCAGCAAGCAGCAGCAGCAGCAGCAGCAGCACACAGCAGCAGCAACAGCAGCAGCAGCAGCAGCAGCAGCAGCAGCGCAGCAGCAGCAGCAGCACAGCAGCAGCAGCAGCAGCAGCAGCAGCAGCACAGCAGCAGCAGCAGCAGCAGCAGCACAUGCAGCAGCAGCAGCAGCAGCAGCAGCAGCAGCAGCAACAAGCAGCACAGCAGCAGCAGCAGCAGCAGCAGCUGCAGCAG